GCUACUGAGUGAGAAUCGAUGGCGCAGAGGCCCGCCUGACAGGACAAUAAACCACAAAGAAGCGGUCUUAAAUCAACGUACUGGAAGUCUGUGGGGAGUGAUGCCCUGGCAGAGGGAGGAUCUGCCCCACUGUUUGGCCUUCCUGGCCUGGUGCCAGACCCCAGCCAGUCCCUGAACCCUGGACUACAUUUCCCAUGAGGCCCCCACAAGAACUCCACCUGUCUGCUCUGCGUGAGCCCCUCAAUAUAUGAGUUGACAUGGAGGAUGAAGAUGGCACUUGUUUACUUGAUGUGUUAUGUGAUCCCCAAGCCCUAAAUGACUUCCUCCACGGAGCCAGUGAGCUGGAGAAUGAGGACCUGCUCAUUAGCUCUGCCUCAGGGGAGCCCCCCCUCUUCACAGACGCCCCGAGCCCUGUUUCACUCUUGGCAGAUGACCCAAAUUGUCAGGACGCACCAGCCGCAGGAUGCGUGGACCUGUCCUUCCUGGAGGAGGCGCUUCUGGAGUCCCCAGAGCCCCGAGCCGACGAUGCAGGCCUCGAAGAGGAAGCCCAGGGAGGGCUGCUGGGGCCGGGCUGUGAGGAGGAGCCGGAGGAGGAGCCGGAGGAGGACGGGGCAGCCUGUGACAUCCUGCAGCAGAGCCUCCAGGAGGCUGACAUCACCGAGCAGACGCUUGCGCUCGAGGCGGGACUGGCACCGCCGACAGACUCCUCGCUGUCCCUCUACCAGCCUGGUGCCCUGCUGCCGUCGCCCCCGGUUCCGUACCUCACCAAGCCCCUUACCAUCUCGACUGCCACCUCUGCCUUGCCAAGGGAUACUCAGGCGGUCGUCGAGCCGCCCCAGCCGUCCUUACUCGCAGUGGGCCCAGGAUGCCCUUCUCUUAAGCCUGUUGCGCCGCAGUUUAUGGGGCUGCUGCCUGGACACGUGUUCCCGGCGCCAUCCCCAGAGACCAACUUCUCCCUGAGUCCAGUGCAGGGAUCCAGCAUGCUCAUCCAGAAGACCGUCCCCAGUAUCACAGGGCGCCCCAUGCUGGCUCCAACUGUCAGGGCCAACGCAAGCACAGCAGCAGCAGCAGUAGCAGCCCCCGGGAUCCUGUUCCAGAGAGGCCCUCUGCCAAUUCAGCCCAAGCUCCCGGUCAGCAUCCAGCCUCGCCUGGUGCAGAUAAGCCCCAAGCCCACUGCUGGACAAAAGCCCGCGCAAGCCGGCCUCACGUUCGUUCCCGGGACCACGUCAUCCAACAUCUUGGUGACAUCUCCUCCUGUAGGACCAAAGCAAGCGGCUCAGUCUCAGCCCACCACCAGCCUUCCCAAACCAGUCAGCCUUCAGCUGCUCAACCAGGCCGGCUCCUUCGUCAUCCAGCCGCGCGGGCUCUUCCAGGGACAGAACCAGUUCCUACUUCCUGGUCAGACUCCCAUGACCAUAGCCCAGCCAGCAUGUACAACUCAACAGCUUCUCACCCAGGCCAGCGCUCAGAGGCACCCCUCUGUACAGGGCGGCCCUCCAACAGCAGGACCCCUGGUGGACAGCUCCCAGAUCCUAACGGUCCCCCAGAGACAGCUGAACUUUGGCCCCGUGUUCACCACUCCCAGCGGGCAGCUUGCUCUCAGACAGGGGACCCUCCUCUCAGGGCCCCUGCAGUUGCAGUCGGCGCCCCCUGCUGUUUUCCAGGUGCCUGCACAGCUGGCCGGGGCUUACGCACCACAGGGUCAGGGCCAGCAUUGUCCCACGGUGGUCCACAACCCGGCACUGGGGAACCACAUCACGCUCAUCAACAGCUCGGCCAUGCUGGGCCCGGAGAUGACCUCCAUCUCCAUAGUGAACGGCCCCUCGGUGGUGCAGGGGCUUCCGUUCGGCCCACCGGCCCAUCGAGAGACGGCGCAGCCACUGAGACUGCCCCAGGCCUCUGUCCUGCUCCUGCCAGAGAGACCAGUCCCAGAGGAGAGGCCACCAGAGGAGCUACUCCAACUCGCAUCGAGUGGACAGCUUGUCCCUCCUGUGCCCCUGCACUCCUCGUCCAUGGCAGCGGGGAUGCAGCCUAGCAGCACUCCGCCAGUGGUCACUCUACUGCAGCCGAUGCCGGACACUCCACAGGCUCUUGAACUGUCUGCAUCCCCACUAACCAGCACUCUCAUGCAUCAGCCUGAGAUCCAGCAUGAGAAAGAGGGCAGACAGAGUCCCGUUAAUCACAUUUUUAUUCAACAUUUGCAACAGCAAACGCUUAAGCCUCUGAUCCCUUGCACUGACCCCCUGGCUACCUCUUUGCCUGCGCAAGUCACCACCUACCCCUCGCCUCAAACCAGCAUGGUCGAGGCCCAUCCUGCCCCGACGCCUCCUCCCACUCUCCCGCCACAAGCAGAGCCUCUCACCAUGACCCCAGAGCGGACAGCAAUGGCCGCUCCAGUGCACAGUGGGUCCUCCCCCAGUGACAUGCUGUCUUCACCCCCGCCUGUCCAGGCCUCGUUGGAAACCUGCGUGUCGGAGUUCUCUGUGGCCCUUAACGAGCAUUCCUCUGAGUCUCUGUGUGGAGCGACUGGCCAGAUAAGCCCACAAGUCUCUGUUGUGAGUGCAGUGUGCAGCAGCCUGUCGCCCCUGCCCAUUGGUGGGACAGAAGGUCCCAUGCAGCAGCAGCUGGUCUCUCAUCCAGCGCCUGAAGGCCUUAAGCCCGACGCUCCGCAGCUCAGUGCCUCGGCUCAGCACCAGAUUCCACACAGCAUUGAAACUGCAGUCCCUCCAGUGUCCAGCAGAGACAGCAGAGAAGUGUUCUGCCCCAGACCCCAACGCCUUCAGCUCUUAGGGACUCAAGGCUACAACCUGUGUGCCCAGACAUCAGCAUCUCUAACCCCAAAAACACAAGAGUCAAAGACACAGAUGCCUGUUCUUCAAUCAUUUGAGACAGAGGAGCCACUCACACAGGCAAUUCGUAGGCACAGGAUUCAGCUGCAAGUGUGUUCAGACCACAAAGCAGUUCUGAACCCCCAGCCACAGCAUCCAUUUGUGACGUUAGAGGACGCUGUGAGACAUCUACUGCCAUACCACACAUGUGCAGGGAGGUUUCCCAGUCAAAAAGACUUCAACUCAGUUGAUGAACAGUUUGAAGCGGCAUCAGCAUUUCUCUUCAAUUGCACCAAGAACAUGCAGAACAAAUACAGACAGCUGCUGCUGGCAGAGGCUCAGCAAGACAGCCCCUCCGCAGAGAUGGUCAUGUUGGAGAGGCUGUUCCUGCAGUCUGAGAGGUUUGCACUGGGAGAGGAGAGGCGCAAAGCACGGAGAGAUCCAGAAUCCUUCCUUAUGUCCCUGAGAAAGAGCUCUCCUCAUAACAAGGCCUCCUCCACUCCUGUGUCCCGUGGGGCGCUGGUCAGUCCUUCGUCCCCUCCGGCAUGGGCUCUCCACUCCGACCGGCCGCCGGGCCUGAAGACGUACCAGUCCAGCAGUCGGGGAACACUGCGGCUCACCAUCAAACACGAGUCGGGCUUACGUAAGGUGGUCCACAAUUCCGCCUGCGAGCCCGCAAAUGCUGCCCCCUCUGGACACAAGCGGCACUACAGCAGGCAGCUGGUUAAUGGUGGCGACAAACCGAGUGAGGAGGGUCAUGAAGGACCCUCAAGGACCCUUUUCUCUGGAGCUGUGCCACAGGAGAGGUCAAACGGACUCCAGUCCUCUCUCCCAACCCCAGAGGUCCAGUUGAGGCCUCUGCACUCAAACAGUGUCUCGCUGGUACGGACAGCACUGGAGCCGCAGCUGGACGAGCCCCCCCACAAAAAGCAUGUCAGCCCCAAGUCUCUGGGUCCCACCAUCACUCCGCCGCUCCCAGAGCCGUGUGGCUCUAGACUCAAACUGACCCGGCUGGAGUCCCCGCCGGCUCAUCUGGAGAGCCCCGGUCCAGCUCCUCCGCCUCCCCCUCCCCACGUCCCAUCUCUGCAGGAGGACAAUGCCCUGAGCGAGCAUCUGCAGAGUGCCAUUGACAGCAUCUUGGAGCUGCAGAGGCUACAGGGGUCUAGCCUGGGGCAGGCGCGGCUCCCCCAGGGACCUGGCCUGGAACAGCCCAUCGGCAGUAUGCUGCAGGGCCGACUCUGAAGGCAAAAGCCCCCGAGGCCGCACAUGGAAGAGAAGCUCCUCAGAGAAGUCUACUGAGCUAGGGUCACACACUUCCCUUCGAGUUUUCCCUGAGGCGCUUGGUUCUGUACGAAGCGAAAUGUAAGACUUUCCAAAUCAGCACUUCCACUGUUUUGUGAGCUCGGGCCCUGCAUCAAGUGCCACUCAGAGGGGCAGAGUGUUAGCAUGAGGGUGGCCCUGCCGUACUUGCCUGUCCCAUGGACCUUAAUGCUUCUUUCAUUUCAAGACAAACUACUGUUUCUUAGAUGGUAGCUAAAAAUUGUUUUAUGGUUUUCAAAAAGAGCAAAGCAUUAUACCAGGCAUCAUAUUCAUACAGUAUAUUUGCAAGUAGCUGUAUUAGGAGAAGUAGACUGAUAUCAAUUUGUUUGAUAGGUUUCAUUUUAAAGAGUUACUGCAGUAAAUUAUGUAUUAUUAUUUCUUGAGUGUUAAGUAAGAAAAGCAAUGUGCAUUUUGAGAAAUUUGUGCCAACCGUGAAAAAGCCUAGCUCUGUCUUGAACGACAGCCUAAUUUGCAUUUGCAGAGUGCCUGUGUUGCCAUUUCCAUGUGCUUUCUUAUAUAUGUGUGUGUGUGUAUGUGUGAGAGUGUGUGUGUGUGUGCGGGUGUUC